AUGGUCUGCCCGCUGGACCUCGCUCUCACCGGAACCGCGUGGGCUCGCUUCCUGAACGAGCUGCUCACGUGCGGGCUCCUCGACGCGGCCCCCUUCUCCUCUUCGGCUGCACUACAGCUGGCGAUCGACCGCCUCGAUGUGUCGCCAGCGGCGCUGGAGGACUACGUGCUCGCGCUGGAGGGCGCGCUGCCCCCUUCGCUCUGCGCCCCCAACGUUGCGGGGCCGCAGUGGCUGGAGGAGGCGCGCGAUGCGGCGACCUACUUGCGCGGCGACGCUGGCCGCCGCAGCGUCGAGGAUAAGCGCCUCUACCUGCUCGCCCCCGGCGCCCCGCUACUGUUCUCAGUCCUUGGCGACGUCCGGCGGGGGGGGGAAGCGCGCGACCUCGUGUUCGCCCUCGCCACCGCGCUCCUGCCGGACGCGCGCAUGAGUGCGCCCACCACGCCGCUUGCCACCGCCGUGCGGCGCGUGGAGGCCUCGCUUGCCCCGAGGCGGGCUGUCUUGGCCGCUGCCUCUGCCAACGGCGCGUCCCCGCAGUCCGUGGUGGCCGCGCUGGUCGAACAUGCCGCCUCGCUGCGCUCACCGAGUGCGGUGGCUGCAACAGACACGGCCCCUUCUCGCUCGGGCGCCUACGGAGGUGACGGGGGAGGCGGGCUGGCUUUUGGCAGCCUGGACGCGGAGUUCUCCAGCGCCCCGUUCGUGGACUUCGAGCGCACCAUCCUCAACUCGCCGUGCCACACGCCGGACGAGCGCGCCGGCAUCUUCGACCUCGCGCUGGCUGGCACUUUGCGAUCCACUUUGCGCAUCCUCGUGAACGCCCCUUCGGCCGCCGCCCUCUCGCGGCGUCGCCCCUGCCUGGGCAAGCUCGCCGAGCUGCGCCCGUUCCUGCCAGAGUACCUCGCCUCGGCGGAAUGCGGCGCAAAGCAUCCAAACCCGUCUGCUCGGAAGCUUGCACUGUCAGGCUGUGGCGCCUAA